AUGGCCGAGACUGGGAACGCUGAGCCCCAGACGCCGAUCUCUGAGGGGCCCAGCUCGCCCACGACGCCGACGCAGAAGAGCAGCAAUGGUUCGGCCAAGUCGAUGACAGGGGAGCCGAUUGAGCAGCAGGACUUUGCCAAUCCGACGCUCAGUAUAAUACGAAGCUUCUCGCGCAGCACCUCUACAGGCUCGCUGGCGUCAAAAGAAGAAGCCCCGCCGCCGCUGCCACCACGACCCGGACUCGGUCUGCUUUCACGACCCUCGACGUCGCACUCUACAGCGCCCGGGAGACCACAGCUCCUUUCCAAAGCCACCACACAGCUGUCCGUGGCGAGAACACAGGCAUUUGCCACAGACGCCAAAGAUGAGUCGCCAACGUCCUCUGGGCCCAAGCCGCGCGACGUCCUGGGCGCAAACCUAGGCUCUCAUAACCUCAGCGACGCCGACGACAGCGCGAGCAUACGCAGUUAUGCGCCGACGAUAGAGGCAGCAGGGUACCAGGAGAGCAUACUGGGCGAAGUCAUGGGCCAGGUUGAAAAGUCGGAGCAAGAGAAGUCGCUGCUCAGGACAUUGGGUCACAAAUUCGUCGAUACCGAAGCGCAGAGCAUGUUUCCCCCAGAUCCGUAUUUCGAGGCAGCUUUCCAUCGCGAGUUUGACGACGUUGACGACAUGGCUAUGGACGGAUCGAACGAAGAAGCCGUGAUGCACCAGUGGCGCGCAAAGCUCAAGCAUUUCCUCAUCCUUUCGAGUGCCGGCAAACCUAUAUAUAGCCGACACGGCGACGACCAGCUCAUCACAAACUACAUCGGCGUCGUACAGACCAUCAUCUCCUUCUACCAAUCCACCAACGAUACAUUGAGAGGUUUCACAGCGGGACAUGUACGCUUCGUCGUCAUGUCAAAGGGCCCGCUCAACCUGGUCGCCAUCACACGGCUUCCAGAGAGCGACUCUCAGCUUCGGUCGCAGCUGGAGGCACUCUACAUGCAGAUCCUGUCCACCCUUACCCUUCCUAGUAUGGAGCGCAUGUUUGCUGCACGCGCCAAUUACGAUCUCCGUAGACCGCUGCAGGGCACGGAGACGCUACUAUCAGCGCUUGCAGAUGGCUUCACAAGAGGCUCACCAUCGACAUUGCUCUCCGCUCUCGAGUGUCUCAAGCUUCGCAAAUCCCACCGCACCACCAUCAACAACACCCUCUUGAAAACCCGCUCCGAUAACUUGCUCUACGGUCUCUUGGUAGCAUCCGGGAAGCUCGUGUCCGUUGUCCGACCCAAGAAACACAGUCUACACCCCGGCGACCUCCACCUGAUCUUCAACAUGCUCUUCGAAGCUGGCAGCGUCAAGGCUGGGGGUGGAGAAAACUGGAUCCCACUAUGCUUACCAGGCUUCAACAACACCGGUUACUUGUACAUGUACGUCAGCUUCCUCAACCUAGAACACCCAACGGAGCAGAUGCAAGAGCGACCUCGCACGAGCGACGGCGCGGACGAUGAGGUCGCGGUCCUCCUGAUUAGUGCGGAGAAGGAAAGCUUCUUCGAGCUUAGACGUAUGAGGGAUGAUUUAGUCGAGGUAGGCUCACCCGGUUUCCUUACACUCCUUUACAAAGUCUCCUUAAUGUCCAGGAUACCGGGAUGGUACAUCAGGACGCGUGGAUCGUUGGUCAAGUGGUCUCUCCGUGCCGUCCCACGACGUUGUCCCGUGCCUUGA